AAUAUUGAUGCUCCCCCUGCCGCCACCCUCCAGUGUUGUUGUUGUCUGACAUUGUCCGAGUCGUGGGACCGUCGCUACGGUAGGAGAUUUCCAUAACCGGACUAGACGAUCGAAAUGUCUUCGUUGCUCAAGCCUUUUUCAGUGUGUGAAGGACCGUGCGAGAGCUGCGGUGUGAGGAGAGGAUGCCCGAGCUCAGCUCCUCAUCGGCAGCCUUCAUCGCAGCGUCUGGCAGCCGCAGCUGCCGCGGCGGGGCUGGGCUCUCUGCCGACCCACCAGCGGUCGUACGCGGCGAGGAGAAACCUGGCGGCUGCUGCAAUCGGAGGGAGGAAAAUCACCCAUCCUGGAAAGGCCAUCCUUGCAGGUGGCAUUGCAGGAGGAAUAGAGAUCUGUAUCACAUUCCCCACAGAGUAUGUCAAGACCCAGCUGCAGCUAGAUGAGAGAGCCAACCCGCCGCGAUACAGAGGGAUUGGUGACUGUGUGAAGUUGACUGUGCAGGAUCACGGGCUCAGAGGGUUGUAUCGCGGUCUCAGCUCCCUGCUUUAUGGAUCAAUACCCAAGUCUGCAGUGAGGUUUGGCACGUUUGAGAUGCUCAGCAACCCAAUGCGAGAUGCCACAGGUCGCUUAGACAACACGCGAAGCCUCUUGUGUGGUUUAGGAGCAGGUAUAACGGAGGCAGUCAUCGUCGUCUGCCCCAUGGAGACGCUCAAGGUGAAGUUGAUCCAUGAUCAGUGUUCCCUCAGACCUCGCUACAGGGGCUUCUUCCAUGGAGUCAGUGAGAUAAUCAGAGAACAGGGUGUGAGGGGGACGUAUCAAGGUCUGACAGCGACUGUGCUGAAACAAGGAACCAAUCAGGCCAUCCGAUUCUAUGUGAUGAAUGCGCUGCGCAAUUGGUACAAAGGCGAUGACCCCAGGCGAGACAUGCACCCAAUUGUCACAGCAAUGUUUGGAGCGACGGCGGGAGCAGCAAGUGUUUUUGGAAAUACACCUCUGGAUGUGGUGAAGACCAGGAUGCAGGGUUUGGAGGCCCACCGCUACAAAAACACAGUGGACUGCGCCUUCCAGAUCUUGAAGCAGGAAGGACCACAGGCGUUCUACAAAGGAACAGUUCCUCGGCUUGGCCGCGUAUGCCUGGAUGUUGCCAUAGUCUUUGUCAUCUAUGAGGAGGUGUACAAACUACUCAACAACGUGUGGAAGACUCAGUAGACCGGCUGGACGGUUACAGAGAUUCAGACAGAAGCACAGAUCAGUGCCUCAUGCUACGCACAACUGAACACCUCUAUCCUAGUUCAUACUUGCUCUCAGCAUUUACCCUGAGCAGAUGACACUUCAUCAUGACAAGUUUGCAACCUUUUACAUAAAAUAAACGCAGGAUGUAUUCCAAAAAACAAUGAUUAACAAAAAGGACGGAGAGUGGCUGAUAGCACAAACAGCUCAGUUUUGCAUUUCUCCUUAAGGCCCAUUUAUGCUCCCUUUACGUCCGAAAAUGUAUAUGUCCGUUUCAAACGAUGUUACCAUCACUGCCCACGUACUUCCAUGUGUCCUUUACGUUGGCAUGGAUGUUAACCAAUAUAUCCACCAGGGGGCAGCCCAGAGUCAAAAGUUUGACAACAACAAACUCAAAAACAAACAUGGCGACUGUGGAGGAGAUAUUGAUAAUGUACCUCUUGCAUAAAAGACAAAGCCUCUAGUACUGCCGAUGAGAGAAAUUGACGACAAGCAUCAUUUCCAGUACUUCAGGAUGGCAGCAACACUGCCCCCACGGUUUCCGGUGGUACUGCUCCGUUCGGCCCGUAUCCGUGAGCUUUAUGGAAACGUGCAGAAAUACGGACAUAUUGAACGCGGAGCAUGGACAGAAGGCUCUGUCCAUAUCCGGAUCCGUAUUUAACGUUGAGCAUAAAUGGGCCUUUAUUCUCUCCAGUGGUCAAACUUAGAAUUUUAUUUUGAAGAACAAGACAAGGCAAAGUCAAAUGAAGUAAUGAAAUGACCAAAUGUGUGGACUUGCUUUCUUGAGUCUUAUUUAACAUGUAGAGAGUGUACGUAGAAAAGAAACACACAUUAUUAUUAACCAAAGUUUCUUGUUAGAGGGCCGAGGAAAAGAAAACAAAAGUUAGGUUUAAAAAAGGGAUAUUACGUAAUCUUUUAGCUUUCCAUGACUGUUGUUACGGUACAUGUUGUGGAGUGAACACUUUGUACUGAAACCAUAAACGUGUCUUUUGAUUCACUGAGAACUUACUAUACUGAGCGAAGAACAGAGCAGCUACUGGACACAAACCAGCUCUCUGCAGUACUUUCAGAUGUCUGUGCAGUACUUCAACACAUCUCUGUGUUGUGAUUGCUUAUCUGACUGUGCUUGUGGUGUCAUCACACUAGAACAUUUGCAGUAUUUCCUCGCUGUACCUUGGUGAUGAACUUUAGAUACUGUUCAUUGUGCAUUUCAUGGCCCGCUGCUGGCAACUGCUGAGUAUGGCUGCAUGGAUCUCGAUGUGGCAUCUGUCCUGUUAUGCGCUGACAGUGGCUCGCAGGCUUGUCAAGGCUACGCAAAGUGGUCUGGAGUCAGUACCUUGCUUGCAAAUUUCCUUCAGAGUGUUACGAACUGACACAAGUAGUCGUUAAGCACACGCAACAGGAGACAAAUCCAUAUGUAGCACAAUCUUCACAUGCAGUCUUAAGAUAAGGUGUGAGUUACUGAUAGAAGUUAGUGAGCUCAUUGUUACAUUUUCAACAUCAGACAGGUAACUAAGGUGUUCAGAAGGUGGCUGAGUUCUCUGAUGCUGCAUGUGAAGGCUUUAUUUGGGAAUAUCUGACCAGUAAUGUGUUUGAACAGACCCACAAUCAGGCUGUUUCCAAACAGGUGCAUAAAGAAGCCCAUUUCCACCUGUGUGAUGACAACAAAAAGAUCCUGUAAGUCAUUAUAAUGACUAUUUUUUUAAAAAAAAAUAAUGAAUAAGUGUCAUUAUCCCAAGGAUAUUAAGUCAGUGUUUUGAGAAAUUUUAUUACGUUGAGGUACUAAGUCAAAUUUUUAAGAUAGUUUCAUUAUUUUCAGAUGCAAACUUAUUAUUUUGAGAAAGUUUUUCUUUUUUUCGUUACUAAGUUAUUAUUUUAAGAACAUUCCUUAAUAUUUUUGACGUACUAACUCAUAAUUUCGAGAACGUUUUUUAUUAUUUCGAGACACUAAGUCAUUAUUUCCAGAUACUGAGUCAUCAUUUCGUGAGACUAACACAUUAUUUUGUGAAGGGUUUUAAUUAUUUUUAGAUACUAACUCAUUAUUUCCUGAUACUGAGUCAUUAUUUUGAGAUAUUAACUCAUUAUUUCCAGAUACUGAGUCAUUGUUUCCAGAUAGUAACUCAUUAUUUCCAGAUACUUAGUCAUUGUUUUGAGAUAUUAACUAAUUAUUCCAGAUACUGAGUUAUUAUUUUGAGAUACUAACUCAUUAUUUCUAGAUACUGAGUCAUUAUUUUUGAGAUACUAACUCAUUAUUUCUAGAUAAUGAGUCAUUAUUUUGAGAUACUAACUCACUAUUUCCAGAUACUGAGUCAUUAUUUUGAGAUAUUAACUCAUUAGUUCUAGAUACUGAGUCACUAUUUUGAGAUACUAACUCAUUAUUUCCAGAUACUGAGUCAUUAUUUCGAGAUACUAACUCAUUAUUUCCAGAUACUUAAUCAUUGUUCCCAGAUAGUAACUCAUUAUUUCCAGAUACUUAAUCAUUGUUCCCAGAUAGUAACUCAUUAUUUCCAGAUCCUGAGUCAUUAUUUUGAGAUACCAACUCAUUAUUUCUAGAUACUGAAUCAUUAUUUUGAGAUACUAACUCACUAUUUCCAGAUACUGAGUCAUUAUUUCGAGAUACUAACUCAUUAUUUCCAGAUACUUAGUCAUUGUUCCCAGAUAGUAACUCAUUAUUUCCAGAUACUUAGUCAUUGUUCCCAGAUACUAACUCACUAUUUCCAGAUGCUGAGUCAUUAUUUUGAGAUAGUAACUUACUAUUUCCAGAUACUGAGUAAUUUUUUCGAAUAUUUACUCAUUAUUUCCAGAUACUGAGUCAAUAUUUCGAGAUAUUAAUUCAUUAUUUUCAGAUACUGAGUUAUUUUUUUGAGAUACUAAGUAAUUUUUUUUAUGUUUCUUAGAAUUUUUAGACACUGACUCAUUAUUUUGAGAGUUUUUGUUAUUUCAAGAUACUAACUCAUUAUUUCCAGAUACGGAGUCAUUGUUUCCAGAUACUAACUCAUUAUUUCUAGAUACUGAGUCAUUAUUUUGAGAUAUUAACUCAUUAUUUCUAGAGUCAUUAUUUUUAGAUACUAACUCACUAUUUCCAGAUACUGCAUCAUUAUUUUGAGAUACUAACUCAUUAUUUCCAGAUACUGAGUCAUUAUUUUGAGAUAGUAACUUACUAUUUCCAGAUACGGAGUCAAUAUUUCGAGAUAUUAAUUCAUUAUUUUCAGAUACUGAGUUAUUUUUGUAGAUACUAAGUCUUUUUUUUUUAUGUUUCUUAGAAUUUUUAGAUACUAACUCAUUAUUUUUGAAAGAGUUUUAGUUAUUUCAAGAUACUAACUCAUUAUUUCCAGAUACUGAGUCAUUAUUUUGAGAUACUCAUCAUUUCCAGAUACUGAGUCAAUAUUUCGAGAUAUUAAUUCAUUAUUUCCAGAUACUGAGUCAGCAUUUCAGGAUACUAACUCAUUUUUUUCAGUAUCAUUAAUUUCAGAUACAAAGUCAUUAUCUUGAUUUUGUUUCUUUUUUGUGAGACUUCCAUUAUAAUGACUUUCAAUUUUUUUAUUUGUUUUCAUCACACUGGCAGAAAUGGGUUGCUAUCGACGCUUGUCUGCAGCCUGAAACAUGAAAGUGAAUUCACUUCUACUUUAGAUGACAACAUGUCCCGACUAUGUAAGCCAUACGACUUCAGUGCGCUUGAGCCAUCAGUGGUUUUCUUGGGCUGAUUGAUUCACUAUCCUCUAGUCUCAUAUGUCACUUUAAUAUUCUUUGUUUACCUCAAAGCUAACCUGCUUCACAAGCCUUUUGUAUGCUAACUAAUGAAACGGUUCAUUAGCCGUCUUUGAAUGCACUCAUUAUCUAAUAUAAUGUUUACAGCGACAAGAGGGCAGUAGACAUGUCAGAGGCUCUAUAACAUAAGGGACUAGUAUUGAAGCAAGGCUUGGUUUUGAUUGACCGUGUUGCGCCAUGCAAGCCUUGCACAGAAGCCUUUUACUCCUCUUUGCCAAACUACUUUAGUAGAAUCCCGAUGUAAUAUCCCUGAUAGGAGCAAAUCUUUAUUACAUGUUAAACAAAGAGCAACAGAAUAUUGUUUAAUCUUUAUGUCUCUACUGCUUUCUUUUCAUUAACUAAAGCACAUCUUUAAUGCAUAGAAUCUUUGUGGUUAUGCUUUGCUGCUUUUCAUAAACAGGACAACAGCACGUGUACAUCAUCGUACAGCAUAUCAGAUUUGAUCUGUCACCUUUCACAAGAUCCUGUCGGGCAGAGUGAAGGAUCUAUGUGAAACAUGUUGGGAUGACAUCAGAAAAAAAUACUGUUAUAAAACAUCAGUGCUCCGAGAAUGAUUUACAUGAUCAGAUGUGGAAACCUCAGAAGAAACAUAUUUAGACAUGACAUUGUUUCAGUGGUUUCAAUAAACUUGUGAUUGAUAAACCUGAUCUGUGUGUCUCUGGAGAUGUGUGUUAAGACAUCAGACAUUAAAAACACCCUGUAAUUUCUUCUAAGAGAUGUAUGUGUAAAUUAUAGAUGAACAAAUGCUUUUAUUUAUUUUCUUAUAGGCCAAAGUAGGACCGAGCAAUACACUCACUGGCCUCUUUAUCAGGUACACCUGUUCAACUGCUCGCUAACGCAAAUAGCUAAUCAGCCAAUCACGUUGCAGCAACUCCAUGCAUUUAGGCAUGUAGACAUGAUUGAGACAACCUGCCUAAGUUCAAACCGAGCAUCAGAAUGGGGGAGAAAGGUGAUUUAAGUGACUUUGAACGGGGCAUAGUUGUUGGUGCCAGACGGGCUGGUCUGUCACCAACUGCUGAUCUACUGGGAUUUCCACACAAAACCAUCUCUAGGGUUUACAGAGGAUGGUCCGAAAAAAAGGAAAUAUCCAGUGAGCGGCAGUUCUCUGGGUGAAAAUGCCUUGUUGAUGCCAGAGGUCAGAGGAGAAUGGCCAGACUGGUUCAAGAUGAUAGAAAGGCAACAGUAACUCAAAUAACCAGAAGACCAUCUCUGAAGCAACAACACGUCCAACCUUGAAGCAGAUGAGCUACAGCAGCAGAAGACCACACCGGGUACCACUCCUGUCAGCUAACAACAGGAAACUGAGG